AUGUAUAAUCAUAUAAAAGGCUUUAUGAACAAAUUACGACUCUGGAAAGCUCACAUACAGACAGAUAAUCUUUUCCACUUUCCAACUUUGGGGGACUGUGAAAUGCAUCCCGAGAAAAAGACUGAUUUUGCAGGCCAGCUAGAAAAUUUGUUGCAUGAAUUUUUGGAUCGUUUUAAGGACUUCAAAUCUCAUGAACAUUUGUUUGAUAUAUUCUCUCCGCCAUUCAACGCAGACGUUGUCAAAGCACCAGCUGAUAUCCAAUUGGAACUGAUUGAUUUCCAAGAGAAGACAGAUUUGAAAGCAAAAUAUUUGCAAAUGAAUCUGGGAGAUUUUUACCGAAAACAUCUCAACUAG